CGAGAAAGAGCGGAGGCGCUGCCAGCGCGGGCGCCGAGCUCUUGCUCCGGAGAGGACGGCGUCCCCGGGGAGCUUUGUGUAUCUGCGUGCUGGGCGGGCGCAUGUUGGCGUCUGAGGCGUCGCCGCCUUCACGAGUUGCUUCUCCCCCUCCUCCUCUUCCCCUCCCCAUUAAGGCGCCGCUCGCCAGAGCUCUCCGCACUAGAACUCAUCGCCGGAGUUUGCGCCCGCUUGUCAGGGGUGGCAUUUGGAGGAGGCGGAGGCGGUAGCAGCAGCGGCGCGCGCGCGCGCGCUCGGAGCUCUCCCUCCGACGGACAGGAGGGCGAGAGGCGGGCAAAGGCAGACGGAGAGCGCGAGCCGCGGGCAGAAGAAGCUUCCCGGGAGAAAGGCGCUGGGAGCGGAGGCGGCAGCGGCCGCCGCGCAAGAGGCCGGCGAGAUUACCAAGGUAUUUGAGGGCAUAUGCACAUCUACUGGAGCAGUGCAUGAACACAUCAGUAGCCUCCAAGAAGGAAAAAGACAUAAACUGAAAAGUGGCAGAUUGUACAUGCUCAGCCAUCUGAACCAAGUCCAGAAAUAAGAAACAAAAGAAGGAUUAUCAGAUGAACUCUGCAAACAAAAUCAGGAAUUAAGCAUGUACAAUAUGAUGAGAAAAGACUGAAAAAAGAAAACCUCAGCUGCAGAAAUCUACUAGAAGAAUAUGAAUAUGUUUACUCUGGAACCAUGUUUUAAAUAAGUCAGUCUGGAUCACCUUCAUAAAUGCAUGUGCAUACCACAGCAGAGAUGCAUAAAAAUGGAACUUUUAGUUUUCCACAAAAACUUAAUGAGAGAAUCAUUCAAGGACUACUGCACCUGUUCUGCAUCACAUUUUGUAGGCAACAGUAGACUUGCUUAUUAAUCUGAAUCUCAGUUCACCAAUAACAAGUUAGUCCUUAAAGUGAAUAAAAAGGGAGCCUUUGUGGAUACUUGUAUUGAACAUGACUCAUGGAGAAGAGCUUGUCUCUGAGAUGCACCAGGAUUCCGUUGUUCUAACUUACCUAGAGGGAUUACUAAUGCAUCAAGCAGCAGGAGGUUCGGGUUCUGCGGUUGACAAAAAGCCUGUUGGGCCUGGUGCAGAAGAUCAGAACUUCGGGGUUUCUGGAAAUACAUCUCCCAGCUGUCAGAGAGAUGGUUCAGUUGCUAACACACAUACAUAUCAAGGUUCUGGCAUGCUGCAUCACAAAAAGGCGAGGCUAUUGCAGUCUUCUGAAGACUGGAAUGCAGCAAAGAGAAGACGCUUGUCUGAUUCUAUUGUGGAUUUAAAUGGGAAAAAAGAAGCUUUGUUAGCUGGCAUGGUUGAAAAUGUGCCUAAAGGCAAACAGGAUAGCACAUUACUGGCCUCUUUGCUUCAGUCAUUCAGCUCUAGGCUGCAGAGCGUUGCUUUGUCACAACAGAUUAGGCAGAGCCUCAAGGAGCAAGGGUAUUCCCUCAGCCACGAUUCUCUGCAAGUUGAGAAAGACUUAAGGUGCUAUGGUGUUGCAUCCAGUCACUUGAAGACUCUCCUGAAGAAGAGCAAAGCAAAAGAUGAAAAGCUGGAGACUGGUCUGCCUGAGCUAACAGCUAAUCUGGUUAAAGAUCGGUUUAUAGAAUCUUCGCACACAGGACAAAGUGGUUCCAAGGUGAUGAGUGAGUCGCUGUCUUGUGCUGCAAGAUUACAAGCUGUUGCAAGCAUGGUGGAAAAACGGUCUAGUCCUGCUACGUCUCCUAAACCCAGUGUGGCUUGUAGUCAGCUAGCCUUGCUUCUUUCAAGUGAAGCGCACUUGCAGCAGUACUCCAGAGAACAUGCUCUAAAAGCACAAAAUGCAAGUCAAAUUGCAAGUGAGAGACUUGCUGCUAUGGCAAGAUUAAAAGAAAGUGUUCCGAAAGAUGUUGGCCAUUUCAAACUGUCGAAAGGAAUUGAAAGCCAUCCUAAUGGUCAGGUAAGAUCUUCAACCAAAUCAAUAACCAACAAAAGCAAUAUGACACAUUUUCAGAGUCCUAUGGGGGUAAUUCAUUCAUCUCCUAAAAGCAUAGGCUACAAAACAACAAUGGAAAAAAAUCAUUUGAAACCACCUACCAACAGUAGUUUACUUUUACAUCUCCUUAAAAAUCACAGUGCUCCUAAGCAGACUAAAGUAUAUGAACAGAAUGAAAGGUCCAGUAUUUUUGAGGAGAGUAGUACACCAACUACGGUUGAUGAGUAUUCUGACAACAAUCCAAGUUUUACAGAAGAUGACAGCAGUGAUGAUGAAAGUUCUCAUUCUAAUUGUCUUCCUAUAGACUUAUCUUUCAAACAGAAAACAAAUAAACCAGAUUCUGCCCAGCCAGCUUCUCUAGACAACUUAACCCAAUCCAUACUUCACAACUGGGAUCCAAAAGUUCCUUGUCUAGAAAAUGUAGAAGAGAAAAGUCCCUCUAAAAAUGCAAAACUCAAUCCACAUCAGAAAGUAACUUUGCUUCAGUUAUUACUUGGCCAUAAAAAUGAAGACAGUGUUGAGAAAAUCACAGAAACUGAGAGUGCAUUAGUUUCAGCUGAUGUGACAAAAUUUAAUUUAGCAAUGGGUAACAGAACUCCUAUGACAGAUUGCUCUAGUACAAAUCAAAUUACUCCAAUAAACACUCCUCCUCUGCUAAAUUCUACACAAGCGGAUUCCCCCAUCAACCUUUCACACCAUUCUCCUUUAUUGGUCAAACAUAAUUCACCACCAUACACUUGCAUCAUACAGCCUGAAAGACUAAUUAAUCCGGCUUCUAAACACUUGAUAGAUCUUACAGUACACAAAGAAAUUCAAGGAACUAAACAGAGCCGAAAUGAAACUGUACAAACCAAUCCAUCUUUUAGUGCAAGUAAACUAUUGCAAAACUUAGCUCAAUGUGGGAUGCAGUCUUCCAUGUCAAUAGAUGAGCAAAGGCAGGCAGGCAAACAAAUGAUGACUCUAAACCCAGAGAAACCAGUUGGAUUGAUAGAUGGAUUAAAUAGCUCCCUGAUUACUAAUGCAUCAGGUGCACUUGAAGAAAACAAAACUGUCAGUAGUCAGCCUCUACCAGCUGAACAAAGAUUUCCCAGCUCAGAAAUCCAGAAUCUACUUGAAAGACGCACUGUCCUCCAACUGCUUCUGGGAACCUCCAACAAAGGUAUGACUGAAACAAAGGAGAGGAUGCAUUCAAAAGAAGAGAGUUUACAAGACCCAGCAGAAAAGGCUUUGAAUGAACAAAUAUUGACUGUAAAAAUAAAAGCUGAACCUUCUGAGGAAUCAAAUGCCCUUCAGAAUCCAAAUGCACAGCAAGUAAGGGAAAAUAUUAGCAAGAAAUAUCAUGGAAUAGCUCAUUCAUUAGAGAGACAUUCAGCUACUUCUCCAGCAUCAGAGGAAUUUAAACCCAACCCUCUCUCACCUCAAGGCUUUUCUUUUUCAAAGAAUGGCCUACUAAGUCGAUUGCUGAGGCAGAGUCAAGAUAGCUACUCUGCAGAUGAACUGGACAGGAGCCACAGAAAUGCUGAGCAGACUUUUGUGGAAUCAAAAAGCCCCAGCACAGUCCCAAAGAAGAGGAAGCUGCAUCCUGAACCUUCAGAAGGUCAUUUGAAAUUGCUAAAAGGUAACAAAGGUAACAUAUCUGAUGCUGCAAACAAUCAUAAGUCUUCUGCAGAUGCCUUGUAUGGUCCUGGGCUCAACCAGAAAGAAUUGAAAUUUAGCAGAACUGAUGUUGAAUUAAAAUACCCUUCAGGUCACGGUUCAAAUAAUGAAAGUGAAAAUAGGAGUUGGUCUAGAGAAAGCAAAGGAUUUAACGUGUUGAAACAACUGCUUCUGUCAGAAAAUUGUGAAAAAGACGUGCCUCAGCAUAGGAAUAAUUCAGCAGUAACUGAUGGCAAAAAGAAAGGAACAAAAAAUAACCUCACAAAUAACAGCAAAACUGAAUUCAGUGUCCCUUCAGUACAUACACUAAUGGGGAAUCCUGGACAGCAAACCAAUUGUUUGGAUCACCGAACAUUUCAAUAUUCAGUUGCAAUGAGGAGUCCUGCCAGUUCUCCCUUCACUGAACAUUUGGGAGGCACAGUUUCAUCAAAACCUGAAUGUGACCAGUUUAGUGUUUGCCAUGUACCUAGAGAAAGGGGGCCUAUAAAAUGGGUCAUCACAGAUACGGACAAAAAUGAACAUGAGCGAGAUUCCCCAAGACUGACUAAAACUAAUCCUAUAUUAUAUUACAUGUUACAGAAAGGGGGGAAUUCCAUUAAUAUUCAGGAAGCACAUGGCAAAGAUGUUUGGAGUGAUACGUCAUUUACAGAACAUUCCUCUGUUGUCACAUUUAAGAAAGAGCUUUCGCCUGUUGCAGAAUGUAAAAUGCCAUUUCAUAAUGUAAGAAAUACUUACAGUAGUCAUUCAAGUAAUAAAGUGUCCCUUCAACACAAUGUGAAUGGAAAUGUAUAUGGACUCUUAGACAAAGUAUUAACAAUUAAAAAAGAACCAGAGUAAAUUAUAAUCAUAUUAGAAGUGUUUACAGUCAGGUUGAAAUCUUUGCUCUUUUUUUAAAGUGUUGUAUAAAUCUAGCAUGAUUUGAGAAAAGCAUGGUAUAACUGAAACAUGGUUUUGUUUGAUGAACUUUUCUGCUGAUAUUUAAAAUACAUGUAGCAAUUUUUUAUUUUUAUUUUUGCUUUACAGGAAAUUUGUCACCAGGCACCUAUCAUCACAAAUUGUUAGUUACAUCAAAAUUCAUAAGGAAACUGACUGCUGGUGUUUGUGCAAAGGUUUAAAACCAUGUGGUUCAGCUUCCUGAUAUGUUUCCAAACCAUGCAAAUGAUGGCAGAUGGUCUUCCCGUGGACCUUGGAUGUCAUGUAUAUGAUUUAUUCUUAUAUUCUUAUUAUUAUUAUUAUUAUUACUUUUAAUUAUUAUUUCUGGAAUUUCGUCAGUCGCUUUAUCUUGCCUAGGGCAACCCAAAGCAACUUGCAAACAAAAAUCCCCACAUAGGUACAUUAAAAGACAUCCCAAUUCUAAAAGUCCACAAAUGGCUAAAGGCCUGGUUAUAGACAAAAGUUUUUGCCUGGCAACUGAGGAUUUAGUCCCUUCCCUUCACCAGCAGGUCCCAGUUAUAAACAUGGCAGGAAGCUGAACCAUAUGGGCGGAAUUAUUUACAAAUAUCUGAGCCAGCAUAGGGGGGAAAUACAGAGAUAGCAGCAAUUAUACUGGGUUAUGUGUUAUAAAAAGGUACUGUAUCUAUUUGGAACUACUAGUAUUACACAUGCAAUGCAUAAAGCUGACACUGCUGGCAGAGUGUUUUGCAGCAUUUCAUCCUGUUGCAUGAUAUAUUUUCCUUUUUGAAACUCUUAAGCACUGGGGCAGUAUAAUUUUGUUUCUUCAUACAUGUAUGAAAUGUGAAGAACCCCCCCUUUUUUUUGGUAAAUGGAACACUUAAGACCAAGGCAUUAGUCUACUCUAGCAUAUUAGUAAUCAUCAUCAGUGUUAACUGGAGAAAUGUAUAGAAAUGAAACCUUUGGGUGCUUCCUAACGGCUUUUGAUUGCAUUUUAAUAUCUGGGAGAACCACAAGAAAUAUAUUAUGUAUUUUCUCUAGUUGCAUUUGGAGAAUGCCUUCCCUAGACACUCAGCUGAAAUAAAUAUAAAACCUGGGUUAUGCGUUUAUAAAGCUAGAUUUGCAAAAUGCUGGCAGCAAAAUAUAAGUCCCUCAUCCACUUCUUUCAUUCCCCCCCCCCCAAAAAAAAAUUAUACUUGGUCAAAGAACACAUUAGUGAACUUUGGAUUUUCCAGAUUCAAUGUUGCAUUUUGCUUAAGAAAAAAGAAUAAGUAACACAUCGCGUUUGUAUCUUUUCCCAUCAGCUCAAUCUUGCUUACAGUAUGAGCACUACUAAAGUAUUGAAAAUGCUGACAUGUUUAGAGGGAUUUUUGGUAAGAAGGUGGCAUAUGUAUUGAUAUUAGUAGUCAGUGAAAAGAUCGUUUGUGGAAAAUUAAUUAAUAUUUAAUAAACCAGAAUUAAGGGAGGUGAAGUAUCGCAAAUUUAAAGAAUGGAAUGACAGUUUUUACAAGUUCUGUUUAUCACUCUCCAACUUCUUAGACAAAUUUUACCUAAGUAGGAUAUUUUGAGUUUGUACUGAAUUUUAGUUUAGGUAAAUCCUGUGUCUACUGCAAUGCUUUUAAACAUGUAGGAGUCUUAACUCAGAAGUUCAGUUAAGCUGUGAUCCUAUACAAUAGGGUUGUAGAACAGGAUUCCCCCCUCCCAUGAGCCAUGUUGAUGAGUGCGUAUGGCUGCAAAGCCUAAUUUGGCAAAUGGGCCCAAGGUCCGCCCCCCCCAAAAAAACCUUAUUCACACAUGGCAAUAAGUCCAAUUGAUUUCUGUGGUACCUACUUGUAAGUGGCAUGUAUAGAAUUGCACUGUUUGUUAAGUUGGGUUUUGAUUACUUCACUUUUCUGCAUAAUUUACUUAUUAUUUUUUUAAAAAAAUACACUAUUCUGAGCUAAAACGUUUAUUGCAACACAGUUCAAAUGUGUUCACGUCUUCCAUUGAUUUUGAGGGGAUUUUUUUAUCAAUGUCCUAGAAAAAGAAUCAGGCAAGUUCAGUGCAGCUCAAUGAGUGAUUUUGAUUAUGAUGAAAGCAUAUAUUUUAAUGCUGACUGGAUAAAGCUUUUACAUACAAGAAGAUAAAUAUUUUCAACCAGAUCUUGUUUUACCUUCCAUCAUAAGCUUGGCAUCAGUUGUAAAGUUAUAUAAUUCAAACUUCUUUAUUUUGUAGCUGAACACCUUCUCUUUGCCCCGGUAGAGAAAUGUAUUAGAAAUAUUUGUUCCAGCUGUUAGUCUACAAAGUAUCACAGCUUUAUUAUUAUUAUUAUUAACAUAAUAUAAUUAAUAAUAAUAUAAAAAAAUUAAAGUAUGUGUGUGUGAUUGUGAACGACAGACCAGGUAGAUUCAUAGCCCUGGAGGAAAUACAAAUUUGUCUUUAUAGGAAAAUCCCAGUGCAAAUUGGCAUGAAAAAAAUUGGCUGAAGCUCUGUUGUAUCCCACCAUUCUACUCCUGUUGCCAAUGGCGCCUUCAGGUGUACUUUAAUUUCAUGACAAAAUACUGUUACCUUAUAUCAGGGAUUGACAACCUGUGGCCCUCCAGGAGUUCUUGGACUACAGAUCCUGACUAUUUGCCAUGCAGUUGGGACAACAUCUGGUGGGCCAUAAGUUGCCUUUGUCUUAUACUACCUUGGUAUAAUCAUAGACACUGCAUUUCUAUAUUCUAGUGGAUUGUGGGCUUUUCAUCACAGAUGCUAGAGAUGACAAUUCUGAUAGUUAACAGUUUACAUAUUCCUCUUGGGAGUUAUUUGCACAAAUAUUUUAAGAGCUCACCUUACCUGUAUUUAUCGACAAAUACACAUUGCAGAUUAAUUUUCCCCAUACUGAACCUUAUAAUGAGAGCAGUUCAGUUGGUACAUCUCAUCUCAGUCAUGUACUUCAUUGACACCACAAAUCUCAUAACUUGGUAGAACACAUUAUUUCAAAAAGAUUUUAGAUAUGUAAUUACCUGCCUUAACCAGUACAAUGUAGUUUAGGAAACAAGGUGGGGCAAGACCAUGCUUUGCUUGUAACCAUUUCCAUAGUUCAGAAUACAAAGCACACACCUGCCAGUUAUACAUCAGUGUAAUAUGUGACACAGAAUCAACUUCUACACUAUGAUGCAUAGCUAUCUGCCCCAAUUGUGUGUAAAAUAGGGGACUGAUGGCAACAUGCAGGUACAUCUACACAGCCCCCUGCAGUUCUGCAAAGGCUUUUUUUUAGCAGGACUUCAAUCCAUCAGUCUGCCUGGCAGAGGAAGAAGAAGAAGAAAAACUGAAGGGUACAGGGAAGGUUCUGGGCUUCUCAACCACUUACCCCUCUUGGUUCAAGCCCCCAUUUUACAUGAGUGGAGGCAGAUUAAAAUUCAUGGGCCUGCAACUUCGUAGUUUCAACUAGAGAGCUGUAUUGGUACAGUUGAAAGAGUUUGAUCAAAAGGACAGAAGGAAAAAUAAUUCACUGUCUUCCCACAUAGUAUGAAAGAGGAAAAAUGUGGACCUGUGUUGGAACAUUUCUCUCGUUUCAUUCUGUAAAGGCAAACACAAAUUAGAACUUCAGAAAAACAUGGACACUAUAUUUUACUAGAGAAAAUGACUUAAAGCAUCAAUCCUUUCCUCACUUAGAAGUAAACCCAAUUGAGCACAGUGGGUCUUGCAUCUAAAUAGACAUGGGUAGGAUUGGGUGGCACAUUUGGAAUCCUAUGCAUGUUUACCCGAAAGGAAAUGUGAUGGAAUUCAGUAAAAACCUCUGAGCAUGUUUAGGAUUACCCUGAAAACCCAUUUCUGUAAGAGCAGUUCAUCUCUGAAGAUGAACACAACAGUUUGAAAGGGAAAUCAGCCAUGUAUUUACUUCUUAAGCUAUAUAUUUUUAAAAAAUAGAUUAUAAAGUGCUUAAUUUACAUUUUUUUAAAAAAAAAUGAUUUAAGUUUCCCCCAACAAAACAUCAGUGAAAUGUGAUAGAGCAGUCAUUAAUGACAACAAAAUGUUGCCAGUUUAUCUCUGCUGCAUUUUAGUUGAGUGAACUGGUAAGUUAUAUUUUAUAUAUAUAUGUAUAUGUAUACAUAUGUAAAUAUAUAGACUUGUUACACAUACAUGUUGAAAUUGAUUUUUAAAAAAGUGAUGUAAAUAGUGGUUUCUUUAAUGAAAAAUACAUAUUUUGUAUUCUAUCUAAUGCAAAGGAAAAACAUUUUAAUCUUUUUGUUAUGUAUAUUCCAUAUAUUAAAUGUAAAUAUGAUCACAUAGGUUUAAAUUUUUUGCAUGUAUGUAUACAGUUGCAAGUCUGGAAGAAUGUAUAGAAAAUGUUUUAUUUAAUAUUGUAAUUACCUGCUGCAUGAAAAAUGCAUGGGAGACCCUGUGCAUCUCUGCAAUGGCAAAUAUGUCUUAAGUCAAACCAGAUGUUUAUCAAACACAAUUGUAUUCUGUUUCUGGACAUGACUUCUGCUGUGGUAUUUUAGCUUUGUGAAAGAAUGUGCUUCAAAUGAAAGGGUCUGGGGGAAAAGUCAACCUUUUUUUCCUUUUCAUUUUUUAAAACGAAAAGAGCACCUCCCCACCCCCAACAGCAAACAUUAACAUUUUGUUAUUCCAUUUCAAACCACUGCAAUUCUAUUCUGGUAUUGCUAGAUGUGCAGUACUGGUUUCAUUACCACACACAAGAAUUCUGGGGUUUAUGCAAUCUUUUCGUUGUGGUGUUUCACUAAUUUAACUGUUCUCAUUUUUAUUAGGAAAUGAUUUAUUCAUGUGAUGUCACAAAACUGUACAUACUGCAGUGUGAGGUUUUUUUUAAUUCUUUCAGUGUUUACUUCCUACAGAAAAUUUGAAUAAAUGAAAAAAAUGCAUUGA